AUGGUUAUAGACGAACUCCUGUUCCUACUGAACGACUAUGGCUUUGAAACACAAGGAUAUGCAGACGAUCUGGUAAUUUGUGUAACAGGGCUGCAUGACGAAACGAUCUCCAACCGCAUGCAACAAGCCCUGCGCAUUACGCAAAGAUGGUGUGACACCAAAGGAUUAUCCAUUAAUCCUACUAAAUCUAUUCUGGUUCCGUUUACCCGGAGGAAAAAGUUAUCCAUGACAGAAUUGACUCUGGGCGGCACUAGAAUAGGGCUCUCAAAUGAAGCAAAAUACCUGGGGGUGUGGCUAGAUAAGACACUCACCUGGAAUGUACAUUUGGAUGCAACCGUAAACAAGGCAAUGAGAGCCUUCUUCGCAUGCAAGCUACUUUACGGGAAGACAUGGGGACUCUUCCCCAAAAUGACUUACUGGUCAUUCAACACAGUUGUGAAGCCGAUAGUCACCUAUGCAUCCUUGGCAUGGUGGACAAAAGCGACACAAAGAACUGCUAGCGCAAAACUAAGCAAACUACACCGAAUGGUGUGCAUUGGUAUAACAGGGGCUAUGCGGACCUGUCCUGCUGAUGCACUUAGUGCUCUUGUAGGCAUACCGCCCUUCCCAAUUCUAAUAGAGAGGGAGGCCAGUCAAUCGGCACAGAGAAUCCUAAACACUUCCGAGCUAAAAACCGGAAACAUGACAGGUCAUAUGAAGGUCCUUAUGAAAUUCACAAAUGACCCCAUAAUGCAUAUGAGGGACUCAGUAGCUCCGAUACUAGUAAUUUCUAGGAAUUUCAAGGUAUCUAUUGCGGACCGAGCAUCCUGGAGCACAGGAAACCCCUACACCAAACCCGGAGCUGAAGUUUGGUACACUGACGGAUCAAAACUUGAAGAUGGAAAAACUGGAGCUGGUAUAUUUGGGCCGAAUUUUAAAAGAUCGAUACCAAUGGGCAGCUACCCCACCAUUUUCCAAGCAGAGAUUCAUGCGAUCGAUAUCUGUGGCAGAGAAUGCCUCAGAAGAGGCACUACAUCCUCUAAAAUCUGCAUUAUGUCGGACAGUCAGGCUGCCUUGCUAGCACUGAGGUCCCACAUAAUAACAUCCAAACUAGUGUACGACUGCCUCAACACCCUAAACGGUCUUGGAAGCAAGAACAAAGUAUUACUGGGCUGGGUGCCGGGGCACGAGGGCCAUGACGGCAAUGAACAGGCGGACCGCCUAGCAAAACACGGAGCUACCACACUAUUCUAUGGCCCGGAACCCUUCUGCGGGCUCACCAAAGCCCACUUAAGGGAGGUCAUAAACAAGUGGGUCGACAAAAAAUUCGAAAGGCACUGGAAUGAAUGUCCGGGGCAAAGACAAGCUAAGCGGUUCAUCUGUCCAUCACAAGAAGCUUCAAAAAAGCUCAUAAAUCUAGGCAGGGAGGACCUUCGAACUCUCACUGGGUACUUCACGGGACAUUGUUCCCUGCGUUAUCACCUCAGUAAAAUGAAUCUUUCAGACACGAGCGUCUGUCGCUUCUGUGAGAUGGACGAAGAAACGCCAGAACACAUCCUUUGUGAAUGUGUUGCUCUCGCUAGACGCAGACUCGCUCACCUAGGUGGUACAACACUUAAUCCAUUCGAAAUAUGGAACAAAAAGCCCAUCGAAGUGCUAGCUUAUAUUAAAAGCCUUCAUAUAUAG